AUGGUUUCUCAAGACCAAAGUAAGUACUCUGGCUCCAAAAAAAAUGGAGGUAAGGAGCUUGGAAUGGUAACUCCUCAAGACAAGCCCUUGAAGAAGAUGAAGUUUGUUUCAUCUGCUGAGACAGAACCAAGCAGCACGACAACAAUUUCUGAGGAUUCAAAGUCAGGUCGAGGUAUGAGCACAAUGCCUCGUGUUGUGAAGAGAAAAUUGCAGAAAAUCAAGCCAGUUGUUGAGUACAAUAAAAGGGGGAAAGGAUGUGGCCCUGCACAUACUGAGAUGCAGUCCUACAUUGGUGUGUUGGCACGCUCCAGAGUCCCACUUGUGGACAAGAAAUGGGCUGAAAUCCCCAAUGAUAUAAAGGAGCAGAUUUGGGAAGCCGUUGACAUGGCUUUUGUGGAGAGGGAGAAAUUAAGCCAACCCCCUGAAGUAUAUAAAUUCAUAGAGAAAGCAGAAUGGGAUGCCUUUGUAGCUUCAAGGUUAUCCAAAGAAUUUGAGUCUGUGCAUUCUCAACAUUCACAGAUUAGGGAGAAACUUGAGUACAAUCAUCGAUUGUCUCGAAAAGGAUAUGCUGGUUUGGAGGAUCAAUUGGAGGAAACCAUGCCUGGGGUAGAAAUUGAUCGAUCUACCUUAUGGAAGAAAGCUAGACAGGACAAACAUGGUAACAUCCCGGAUCCAAAGGUGGCAGAGAAAGCAAAAUUAAUUGAUGAAUUGCAAAAACAAGUGGCUGAAGGCAGUCUGAGUAUAACUGGCAGUAAUGAUGUGUUGACCUUGGCUUUGGGUCCCGAGCAUCCAGGGAGAGUAAGAGGGGUAGGUGCUGGGAUUUCCCCUAGGCAAUUCUUCAAUUUACCUAGACCACAAGGGUAA